AUGUCAUCUUCUGCUGAUAAUUCCAACAACAGUAGCAGCAGGUUCCCUGCUGCUGUUGACUCUAUCAAUAACAACAGUAAUAGUAUUAACGAUGCUAGUCAAUUCCACAACAGUUAUAAUGAAGUAAAUGAAAUUAAUAAUGAUACUAAUAGCCAAGUGAACAACGGUAACAAUAUUACAUUCCACGUCCUUGUUUCUUUGAAAGAAGCAGCAAAGAUCAUUGGCCCUCAGGGGAAUACCAUUGAGACGAUAAGGAGGGAAAACGAUAUCAAAAUCGGUAUAUCACCUCGUGAAAAAUCAUGUUCUGAUAGGUUAUUGAAUGUUAGUGGUCCCCCAAGACAAGUGGCCAAUUCGUUGGGUCAAGUAUUACGUGUGCUAACUACGGAUUACGAGCCUGAGGAACACGUUUUCAAGCAUCUAAGAUUCAUGUUACCUCCAGCAUCGAAGGAAGAGAUUGAGGAUCCAGAGAAAUGGAAACAAAUUGGUAAUUUGAGAUUAAUCUGUACCAACCCACAGAUUUCGUCAGUCAUUGGCCAACAAGGUGCCAAGAUUAAGAAAUUGAUUGAAACGCAUACUGUUAAACUCGUUGCCUCGAAACAUUUCUUGCCCGAUUCUAAGGAUAGAGUAUUGGAGAUUCAAGGGUUCCCUACCUCGGUUGCCAACUGUAUCAACGAAAUCGCAGAACUGUUCAUUCAAGACGACGUCCAUGUACCUCCAAGAACUUUGCCCCGUUACUAUCCUCAUUCUAAACAUACAAAAGAGAUCCAAGUGUCUCAAACGUUGGCUAUUCCAAAAGAAUUUGUAGGUGCACUUUUGGGAGUUGGUGGUAACCGUAUUGCCAACUUGAGAAAAUUCACAAAGACUAAGAUCGUCAUCGGUCAAGAUCCAACUGAAAAUGGUGACAGAAUCUUUACGGUUUGGGGUAACGACCAAAAAUCCGUCAAAUUGGCUCAGACAAUGUUGUUAAAGAACUUGGAAGUUGAAAAGAAGAGACGUGAAGAACACGAAGCCUCUUUGAAGGAUGGUUCAUCUGUUCCUGCUGCUGCUGCUGCUUCCGCCGCCACUUCUAUUUCUGCUUCAGGGGCUAACCAAAAUGACUCUAUUCAUACUCCAGUCUCCGAUAAUGAAUCUCCUGUCGUAUUUACAGAAUAA